AUGGGGAAAGUAGGUGAAGAAUGUAGAUGGGGAAUGUUGGUGAUGGGGAAAAUAGGUGACAAGAAUGUUGGUGAUGAAGAAUUUUCUUUCAGGGAGAAUAUGCCAAGUCAUUUCAAGGUAAAAGAGUACUGCCCGAUUGUGUUCAGAAAUUUACGCGAGAGAUUUGGAAUAGAUGAUCAGGAUUACAUGAAUUCAUUAACAAAACAACCAGUUGGCACGGACUCUCCCGGGCGCAGUGGGGCUCGUAUGCUAAUGUCUCAUGAUAAACGUUACUUCAUCAAAACUCUAGUCCAAGAAGAAGUGGAACAGAUGCACCACCUACUCAAACAAUAUCAUCAGCAUAUCGUAGAAUGUCAUGCACAGACGUUAUUACCACAUUAUCUUGGUAUGUACCGGAUCACAGUGAACGAUGUGGAAACAUACCUGGUCAUCAUGAGAAAUGUGUUCAGCCCACGUUUGCCUCUCCACAAAAAAUACGAUUUAAAGGUAAUUUAUUUUUUGAAUUUUUAUCCAAUUUUUGAAAUAUUUCCCCAGAUAAUUUUAAACUUACUAUACAUGUCAGUGUUAAUGUUAUUUAUUCAGGCAAAGGAGCUGCCUACAUAUAAAGACAAUGAUUUCCUAACGGAUGGGGGCAAGGUGAAUAUAGGAAGUGAUGCAAAGGAGACAUUGAUGUCAAGUCUUACUAAAGAUGUAGAGUUUCUGGCCAGUCUUCACCUUAUGGAUUACAGUUUAAUUGUCGGCAUCCAUGACUGUGACCGGAUAGACCCAGAUGGACCAGAAAUGAACCAACCAAAUACCGACUCAGAUGAGCCGGUGAGCGGGGAUGAGGAAAACGGGCUGGAGUACGAAGAGAACCAAGACAUUGCGGGCUUCGCCCCGACCCCACCAGACAGCCCCCAGCCAAAUGUCCUACCUGCAUUUAAUGGUGACAUUGAUCCAAAUAUAGAAAGAUUUGGAAUUAAAAGUGUUGAAGGUGGACCAAAAAGAGAAGUAUAUUUUCUCGCAUUGAUAGACAUUUUAACGCGCUACGGCAUGAAAAAACGAACCGCUCAAGCCGCAAAGACUAUGAAACAUGGUUCCGGAGCGGAAAUAUCAACAGUGCAUCCUGAACAAUACGCAAAACGAUUUCUUGAUUUUAUUGACAAGUGUAUCGAAUAAAAAAGUGCUUGAAUGUGAUAUAAAAAUUUACUGUAUAUGUGCUAAAUCUAUAAUAUUUUAUCAUUAUUUAUGACCGAGGGCUCGUGCAAACCUAUGUUAUCCCAUACGUAAUUUGAUGGGCGCGUAUGAAUUUAUAAAUCAUCGUCAUAAUUUAUGUCAUGUUAGAGUAUCCAUAUGUGGAAGAACUAUUUGCACCGGAACUAUUUGCACUGUUGAAAGUCAAAAACGAUACAUUCUAUAGGUCAGUUUUUAACUACGGAAGGUCAGACAAGUGAGGACACUGAAUUAGUUUUUCAGAAUUUCAUCCUUACUGAUCAAAGUAACUUAUUAAUGUUUAUUGGGUAAUAUUUGAAUCUGUGUAAACAGUACUUAACAUUAAACAUUAGCUGUCCGGGAUAAAAGCGAUGAACAGGACUUAAAAUUUACAUAUAUCAGAAAUGCUUCAGUAAUGUUUAAAAUUGUGAACUCAGUUUUCGGGACCAAGUUUUUAUGUGAAUUGAAAUGAGAGAAGCUGCCAAGAUAAGACUUUCUGCACACAGAGUUUGACAGCCAUUAUGAAAGUCUACAAGGAAUUUUGUCGGUGCUGCAUUGAAUCACAGAGAUGUUUGAAGAUAACUGACCAGCCUGCAGAAUUGUUGUACUGAGCAAAGGGAAACUACUCUGUCAGUCAUAAUAGGUUUUAGUUAGAGUGAUGUCUCUUGAGUUACCAGAUGCAAAAGCUUGCUUUAAAUAUUUGAAGCCUGUAUGCAUCAGUUUUAGUAAUAAGCCUGGAGUAUGUAGCAGAAAAAAAAUCUGUUUUGGACUCUAUUUUGGAAGGUCUGAAAAUUAAUUAGUAGAAACAGCAAUUUUUGUUCAUAAUUUCUUCAUAUGUUUUAAAUGUAACUACUUAUAAGAUAAGAAGACACUGUUUUCUUAUAAUAGUUUUUAGGUAGUGGCUUACAUAGAUUUAAGAUUUGUGAAACUUGAUUCUCCAAUAAUCAAGCUACUUUAAUUUUGAUCUGAUUUGAUUUGAUUUGGUUUUGUUAAAAGAUGUUUCGAUAACAGCAUAACUAGUUAUUUCAAGUUCAUUGUAGAUGACAAUGGGAAUUAUGGGGAAAGAUUGACAGAGACAAAAGUAAGUCAGUAUAAAAGUAGAAAUUAUUAUGUAACUGAAUAAACAAAUUAUAAAUAUUCAAUUUUGAAUUAAUCACCAGUGCAAGGGAGAAAUUACGUUAUUGCAUAAGGGAGAAAACUCCGACAGGAUUAAUAUGAGCUGAAUAAGGGAGAAAACUCUGAUUUGUAUGAUAAUUUGGACUGUAUCAUUAUAAAUAUGCUAAAAUCAGUGAUGUGUACAUACAAAAUAUAUCAAAAAAAUAAGGAAGGAAAAAAAGCACAGAUUGCUUGGAAUAGUCAAAUUGACAAAAGAGUGAAUAUACAGUCAAAUACUGAUCGUUCACAGUGAUGAGGGGCUGGUCAGAAAUGCUUGAUUUAUCCAGGGUUUGGACAGUCCAAACAAACAUAUAAGGGAAUUUGUUGAGUGUUGAGUCAGCCCUGUUGCUUGAACAAGCAGUGUUUUCCUGCAGCGUUAUAACUCUACUUUCAUUGUGUUACUUAUGCUAGCUUUCAUUUUGUAUGGAAACUUGAUAGAUUUCAAGGGCAAAAAAAAAACAUUUUUACUUUAAAUUGAUUUGGAUGGAACUAUUCCUUUCUGCCAGAACUUCAUUGUGUUGUUGUAUUCUAGAUAUUUGUCUAUUUUUACUUCUUUAUAAAAUUAUUUUUAUUAAUGACAGUCCUUCUUUUUGAUGUAUAUUUUGUGUUCAACUACAAAGUUGUAACUUAUUAUAUGAAUGUAUAAAUGUAAAGCAACCAAAUAGGUCACUGAGCUCAGCUUCAGCAUUUAUUGAGCUUAGCUUCAACAGUCACUGAGCUUAACUUCAACAGUUACUGAGCUGAGCAUCUGUGGUUACUGGGCUUAGCUAGCUUAGGUUCAGAGGUUACUGUGCUGAGCUUCAAGGGUUACUGGGCUUUGCUUCAAGGGCUACUGAGCUUAGGUUCAGAGGUUACUG